CACAGGGGAUCUUCAUCUGAAUGCAUUGCAUAGCGCGCUGGCGUAUAAAAGGGUGUUCAGCUUCCACUUGGUAUUAGUGUCUUCCAGGGACCUCCAGCGUAAUGGUGACCCGCACGUGCACCGUCCUCCUGCUGACGGCGACGGCCUCCCUGGCGCUCGCUGGGCCCUUGGCUAUGCCCUUCCCUGAGGCCGAGGCUGAGGCAAGUCCGACCAAGUACGGCUUGAGCUUCGGCGGCGUCGGGAAAUAUGCUAAUGGCGGGCACGGUGGGCAUGGUGGGCACGGGGACCACGGCCAUGGUGCAUACGAUGGAUUUGUAGGUCACGGCUACUACGAUUUUUACGGAGGACUUGACAAAUUUGGAGGCUAUGGGUUAUUUGACAAGUUUGGCGGGUAUGGGGACAAGGGUAAAUACGGCGGGCAUGGGUUAUUUGACAAGUUUGGCGGGUAUGGGGAUAAGGGUAAAUACGGCGGGCAUGGAUUAUCUGACAAGUUUGGCGGGUAUGGCGGGUAUGGCGGCCACGGUCUGCUAGGAUUCUACCCGUUUUUGGGAUAUUACCCGUUCUACGGAUGAACGAGAGGAAGUGACUGGCAAUCCUUUGGAAGAAGAAAAAAAAAAAAAAAAACAUCGUGUGAGUGAUAAUCGGCGGAAUCUUCUAAGUGUCACGUUUCUGAAAUACUCCUGAAACUGCUGUUAUUCACGAUGCUAACUCUAAAAUAAAUCAUAUAUCUUUUUA